AUGACGAACAUCGAUGUCUACAUCGCUCCUUCCACUGCCAUCGAACGCGCGUCAACCGUGAAGAUGAUCACCGACGCCCAGCUUUACUCGCUGGCUAUCUUCCUCGGAAGCGCCGCCAUGCUCCUUAUAGUCCUCUACCACUUCCUCGAGGUCAACUCGGAAGACCACGCCGUACAAGAGAAGCCCAAGGUCGCAGCCAACAAGGUCAAGGCAUAG